GACCACGUGUCUCUCUCCAGAGGGCUGAUGGUGAUGAGGGGAGACAGCCAUGGCCAUGGCCUGAGAUGCCGCGUGGGUUCAAGGGGAAGAGUAAAGUGUUGAGGUUGUGAAUCCAUCCAAGAAUGGACAAAUGUAAGCAGCCUUAUGUUGACCAGAAGACAAACCUUGAAAAGUUCAGUCCUGAUGUUCUUUCUGAAAUUGAGAAGCUCUUUGCAAAGAAGUUUACUUACACUGAGCCAGCGAAUAAUGAAUGGAAGCUGCCAGAUCCCAGCAAUGUUUUUACAUGUGAUCACAAGGAAUUUCACUCGCUCCUGGCUCUGAAGGACUCAAUGAAUGAAGUGAAGAACCAGCUGAGUGAUAAGAACCUGGAGGACUGGCAUCGGCACACCUCCUUCACCAAUAAAGCAGGGAAAAUCAUAUCUCACGUGAGGAAAUCUGUGAAUGCUGAGCUGUGCACCCAGGCCUGGUGCAAAUUUCAUGAGAUCCUGGGCAGUUUUCCUCUUCUCCCAGAAGAAGCUCUCCAGGAGGGAGAACUGAAUUCUGUCCACCUCUGUGAAGCACCUGGAGCUUUCAUAGCCAGUCUCAAUCACUACUUGAAGUCCCACCAUGUCCCUUGCCACUGGAAUUGGGUAGCUAAUACUCUAAAUCCAUACCAUGAAGCCAAUGACACCCUUAUGAUGAUCAUGGACGACCGUCUGAUAGCAAAUACGUUGCCUUGGUGGUACUUUGGCCCAGAUAACACUGGGGAUGUGAUGACAUUAAGGCAUCUGUCAGGACUUCAGAACUUUGUGAGCAGCAUGACCACAGUUCACUUGGUGACUGCUGAUGGCAGCUUUGACUGCCAGGGAAACCCGGGUGAGCAGGAAGCUCUGGUCUCACCCCUUCUGUACUGUGAAACAGUCACUGCUCUGAUGAUCCUGGGCACUGGAGGGUCCUUCGUUCUGAAGAUGUUCACGCUGUUUGAACACUGUUCUGUCAACCUGCUCUUUCUGCUGAACUGCUCUUUCGAGGAGGUCCAUGUCUUUAAGCCAGCCACUAGCAAAGCUGGAAACUCAGAGGCCUACGUGGUUUGUCUCCGUUAUUUGGGCAGGGAGAGCCUUCAUCUGCUGCUUCCUAAAAUGACGCAGAACUUUGGAACAGAAGUGGUCAACAAAGCCCUUUUUCCCCAGCAUACACUACCGGAAUCUUUCCUUAAAAUACACGAAGAGUGUUGCAUGUUCUUCCACCAGUGCCAGGUAGAGACUAUCUCUGAGAACAUCCGUCUCUUUGAGCACAUGGAAGAAGCGGAGCAGAUCAAACUGAACGAGUUAAGAGACUGUGCAGCACAGUUCUUCAUGCAAAGGUUUUGUAUGAAACCCAUUGCCAGAAAAAACUGGCUUGUCAAGAAAUCUCAGGCUGGUUGCAGCAUGAAUGCAAAAUGGUUUGGGCAAAGAAACAAAUAUUUUAGUACAUACAACGAAAGGAAGAUGAUGGAAACCUUGACAUGGAAUGAUAAGGUGGCAAAGGGCUAUUUUAAUCACUUGGCUGAAGAACAUAGUUCAAAUAAUGCUGGGAACAUGUGCAUCCUGGAAGGAUCACCUUCUAACCUCGAAUGUAGCUUGUGGUACAUUUUGGAAGGGAAAAGACUACCGGUGGUAAAAUGUUCCCCGUUUUGUGAUGGUCAAGUCUUGGAAAGUCUCAAUGAAGCUGUGAGGAAGGUGGGCGGGGGGAGGCUGAAAAGCAGAGCAGUGCUGCAGCCUUGUCACUCCUGUGAAGUUCUUCCCGGGGAACUGAUACUGGCAAAAGUGUCUGAUCUUUCCAGGUGUCAUCAAGACGCCCCAAGUGAAAGUUGUAGUGACCAAUUCAAGUGCCUUGUGGUGGGCUUUCCCUCCCUCUGUGCUACAGAGAGCUGGCCCAGUAUGGAGGUAAAGCCCGUGGACUCGGCCUCGCUGCUGACUUUCAGCUUCUCCUCGCUUUACGACGGAGAACCCAAGUACCAGCAGCAGCUUCUGGAGUGUGUCCUGCGUUCGCUGAGCCAGCUGACAGCAGGAGAUGCGUUGGUUUUGCCUCUCCUCUCUUGCCUGACCCGCUUCACAGCCGGGCUGGUGUUCAUCCUGCACUGCUGCUUCAGAGGGGUCACGUUCACCUGUCCCACCUCCCGGGAGCCCCUGGGGCCCGGUGCUGCUCUGCUCUGUGUUGGGUACCGGGGCCUCCCUGCUCCGGUUCUCCAAUAUCUGCAGCAGCUGAACACUCUGAUGAGCUCUUUACUGGACACAGACUCCCCCCAGCAGGUCCUGCAGUUCGUGCCCAUGGAGGUUCUCCUCCAGGGCAAGCUGCUGGAGUUCCUGUGGGAUUUAAACACGGCCGUAGCAAAGAGACAGCUCCACCUGAUUGUGCAAGCUCAGCAGCAGCAAAUGACUGGAAACAUUUCACUUUGAAGUCGUUGCAGAACUGGGCGAGUUGCUGCUGGUAGACCUGGUUUGGCAGGCAGGCAGAAGGUGUUAAAAACACUGUUAAUGUGAAGGCAGCGUUACUGUAAAACCUUGGUGUGACAUUGGGAGUGCUGGGAAGAUGUUUUGAACUAUCAGUCCCCCUUGCACUAUAUUGUCCAUGUGGAAAGUAGGAGAAAGGAAAACCAGACCUUGAUUUCUGGCCACUGAGCUGGGUGCUUUAGGAUGCAGAACAACACAGAGUCCUUGAAUUGGUGAAAGCGAGGGCUGACCACUGAGCUGGAGCCUCAGAGCCUCCUGUUACCAUCCCUAAAAACUGUCUUUUGACAUCCCUUUCAUUUACAGCUGGUUUAAUUCUUAAUGAUGGAGUGGGGGGAAGUCCUGUGUAACCUGCCUUACCAUUCUGGGUGGUAUGGAAUGAUGGUGUUUAUCAGUACUUGUCCCUGUUUCUCAUUUUUAAACAAGAGCCUCUGAAUUUCACCUUGUAGCCUUUGAGUAUCAGCCUCUUUUUUAGCACUUCAGCAGCUGAGAACUGAGACUAUCAGACUUUGGCAAGGGAAAUUUUAAUGGUUUCUCCAUCUCAUUCUUGCAACUGUUUUGUGAAUGCCAUGCUGAUAUCCUUAGUUCCAGUUCUUUGUGCACUUCAGUCACUUGACAGAAGGAUCAAAUGGAGCUGUUUAUGCCAGAGAAGCUCUCAGCCUCUGGCUGUUCAUUGCCUGCUCUUCAGGCAAUAAUUUGAAUUGCCAUCGAGCCCUCUCUUGUGACUCCUUAUGGGUCCAAAGCUGAGCUCAAGUCUUAAGAAUGAAAUUUGCUAAAAGAAUUAGCCAGUGGCUGUAGAUACUUACCACUUAUAACAAGUGGAACCUUUAGGAGACAUUUAAAUGCAGGAAACUUUUCCACCAGCCAGGAGAGGCUCAUAUAACAUGCGGUUGAUGGGAUUUGCCAGACUUUCCUUGCUAAAAAUCUUUAAAACAAAGACUUUGAGGCAUAACCACCUGAACAAACAGUUCACCAGUUGUGUGCUGCCUUUCUUGUGCACAUGGGUGUUCAUGUUUGCACGUGUGGGAACCCUCGGGGUUGUGCAGUCGUGAAACUUUUGGAUUGUAACUAAUCCAUGUGUGCUUUUGGUUUGAAGGAUGCAUAUAUUUUUUUUUAAAUAGAAGAAAGGAUGUUGAUUUACAUGGCUGUUGCAUAUUUUUGUUUUGUCUGCAAAUGGUCGAAGUGUUAAAAGACCUUUUUUUUUAAAAAAAAAAAGAAAGGAAAAUAAAUGUUAUU